AUGGGUUUUGCUUGCUGCCGCUACCACCGUCCGCCAACAACCACAACAUUGUCCUCGCCCUCGUUCCUUCCAUUGAUGCAAGUCUACGGCAAGGCAUCUUGGCUACGUACCCUGCCGCGCGCGCAUACAUACAGAGAGACAGAGAGAGCAGAGUCGCCUCCAAUGCAAUGCGCCUCCCCUGCCUCAUUUCUCGUCCCGGACCCCAAUUGGCUACUUCGCCGCCGCUGUGGGGUCUCAAGUCCGCUCCAACGCACUCCGGCGGCUCAAUGCUCAUGCUCAUGCUCAAGCCCAUUACCAACAGCUCCCCAGAACAAGCUUACCCUUGCCCGCAGACUGAUCGACGGCCACACCCCACACCCGGCCAGUUCUACGCGCCCAACUCCAGACAGACGCCCAUCUUCACCAUCCCUCCAGCCAAUGUCGUCCGCCCUCUGUCUGGACGCCCGCUCUUUUGGACACACGAGACGGGUUUCAUGGCAUCGAUGGCUGCGAUUCUGCUCUUUUGCAGCCAUGCUGUCUUGUUUCACAUCUUCACCACCCCGGUCUCAUCUCGACCGCGCUUCUUCGCCUCUUUGUCCCCCCCGGCAGGCCGUGAUGUUGCUUAAAUCUAUCAAGCAACCUCACAACAACUCACAACAUUUCCUUUUCCGUCUCUUUUCCUUUUUCCUUUUUUCCUUCCAAGUCUUCGUCAUCGUCAUCGUCGUAGCAUUUCCUAAGCCAGAUUUCCUAGAUUUCUUCUGA